CUCAGUUAACAAGAUAUCCUUUUAACAUUCAACGAUAAUUCAAACUCAGGAACAAACUUUCUCCCUCCGUAAGAAUGAUAGCGGGAGAUAUUUCUCUCUCAUCUUCCACGUUCAGCUUCCAUGGCGAUGCAAGACUAUCAGCGUCGUCCACUCGUCUCAUGGGGACCCCACUCGCUUUCCAAAGCGCUUUGCCUUCGCAGAGUGCGAAGUUGAUGAGACGGCUUGUUGUUUACUCCAAGAGAAUAUCCGGCUUGGAGGAGGCCAUCAGAAUAAGAAGAGAGCGUGAACUUCGAACUUCAACUACGUCCAAAAGACGGCCUCCUUUGAGGCGUGGGAGGGUAUCACCUGGGCUUCCUGUCCCUGAUCAUAUCCCGAGGCCUCCUUAUGUAGGUACAAAAUUGUUACCGGACAUUGCAGAGGAGCAUCAAAUUCAUGAUGCUGAAGGCCUAGCUCGCUUGAGGGCUGCAUGUGAACUUGCUGCUCGGGUGGUAGACUAUGGAGGGACCCUAGUCAGGCCCUCUGUAACGACAAACGAGAUCGACAAAGCUGUACAUCAAAUGAUCAUUGAUGCUGGUGCUUACCCUUCUCCAUUAGGAUAUGGGGGUUUUCCUAAGAGUGUAUGCACAUCAGUUAAUGAGUGUAUGUGCCAUGGAAUACCAGAUUCACGACAGUUACAGGAUGGUGAUAUAAUAAACAUAGAUGUGACAGUCUACUUAAAUGGUUAUCAUGGAGAUACAUCUAAGACAUUUGUUUGUGGCAAUGUAAGUCCUGCAAUGAAACGGCUCAUAAAGGUAACAGAAGAAUGCAUGUACAAGGGCAUUGAUGCUUGCCAGGAUGGUGCUCUAUUCAGAAAAAUAGGGAAGAAGAUCAGUGAUCAUGCUGAAAGAUUUGGAUUCAACGUGGUGGACCGAUUUGUUGGACAUGGAAUUGGGACUGUUUUCCAUUCUGAACCCCUGAUAUAUCACCACCGAAAUGACAAGGGUGGGCGAAUGGUUGAAGGGCAAACAUUUACCAUUGAACCCAUUCUUACAUUUGGAACGACGGAUUGCAUAACUUGGGAAGACAACUGGACUACUCUAACUGCUGAUGGCAGCCCCGCUGCUCAGUUUGAGCAUACAAUUCUUAUCACAAGAACUGGUGCCGAGAUUUUGACAAAAUACGAAGAGGUGAUAGAAAGUGCAGAGGAAAAACUGUGACUAGGAUUGCUGCAAUCCACUUGUUGCCACCAAGCAGCAAGGAAACAGCUACUCCGACAACCUUAAACGGUACAUAAUUGCCUUUUUACACAAUGUGAGGUGAAAAUAGUGAAGGUUCUUGAUUUUGUGUCUGGAAAGAAACCCUAUGAUACAGAGCGUUUAUUAUCUACAAAAGGGUUGUCUCCCAUCUUCAAAAACAAGUUUCAUUUGUCUUGCAGUGAAAACGACAAUUUAGUUUUAA